AUGUUGAAGGUCCAGAUUCCUGAGAUUAGCAGCUCAAUUUCGCUGGCGGAUGAUCAAUCGCCGGGUGAUUUCAGGAUCAAGACGCGGAGCUCGCAACUCUCGACUCCAUUCGGCGGCGGCAGCAGUGGCGAAAAGGAUUUGGUGCGGCAGCUGCCUAGCGAGUCAUCACGAAGAUUGGCUCAACGGCAAAAAGACAAACAGGUGGUGGGCAUGGAGAAAGACAUAGAGCUGCUGCUUGAGAAGGCAAUCUUGGAUGGGGGAGAGAACCUUUCCAUCUCCGCCAUAGUAGGCGCGGGCGGUACCAGGAAGUCUACGCUUGCCAGGGCUUUAUAUAACCACGCGGCAGUGGCUGAUCGAUUUGAGCGGCGUGCUUGGGUUGUGGCUUCUAAGGAACUCAGUCCAAGAGACAUAAUCAAGGAGCUAUAUUUGCUGGUUAAGUUUGGAGAAACGGAUAAAUUCCAAUUGUAUAUUUCGGAGAGAUUAACAGUGUCGGAGCUUCAACAAAAGCUUCACAAACGGCUGGAGGGCAAACGAUAUUUCAUAGUUCUGGAUGAUAUGUGGGACGACGCGCACCAGAGAUUAUUACAAUUUUACCACACUAGUUUUCGUUGGACAGGUACAAGUAGUAGGUUUCUGCUUACAAUGCAUACUCCUCAACCUGAAGACGACUAUGGAUAUGUUCAUACGAUGAAAUGUUUAGACUCAGAUGAAAGCUGGAUCUUAUUCCUGAACACCGUAUCUGAUGGAAAAGGUGUAGAUCAAGAUUUGGAGGAUAUAGGAAGGCAAAUAUUGAACAAAUGCGACGGCCUUCCAUUAGCAAUCACCUUGGUAGCAGAGAAGGUGGGAGACACGAUCAACACCCGAAAACUCAUAGAUGUGUGGAUUUCGGAAGGGAUCAUCCCUGAAGAAGGAGGGAAAACAAUGGAGGAAACAGCGAUGGCUUAUCUGGAAGAGCUGAUCGAUCGAAACAUGGUACAAAUCAAGGACAUAUCCUUUGAUGAUUGUAUAAAGAGUUGUGUUAUGCACGAUCUUGUCCGAGACCUAUCCAUCAAAAAAGCAGAGGAGGAAAUAAGAUUCGAGAUCCUAAGCGCAGAUGUUUCAAUAUGUGCAUUGAUCGGAUUGAGGUACCUGAGUGUAAGAAACACAAACAUUCAGUAUAUCCCAAACUGGCUGCCUAGGCUCGUUAACCUCGAGGUUCUUGAUAUACGAGGAUUAGUGUACAUCGAAUUUUCAGACAUUUUAGGAAAAAUGCACCGUCUGCGCUGCCUGUAUGCGUCCUCAUUCUAUUUCGGGAAGCCUCCGGAGAUCUCUAGUCUGAAAUUUCUCCAGAAACUGAGCUAUGUCAUCAAUUUCUACGAUUCAAACAUCCACAAAGUUUUACAUAUGACCAAUCUUUCCGAGCUAGGCAUAAAUCUAUUUCGAAUCUCAGAUUCAUGGCUGCUAUUCAAUAUACUUGAGGAGAUGGAGAAUCUUGUGCAUCUCAAGUUGAAGUACUGUAAAACCCUAAAUCUUGACAUGCUUUACUCCCUGCGUCGCAUCACGCGGCUAAAGCUUCACGGCGAGAUACCCCUUUUGCCCUCCGUCUUCCCUCUGAAUCUCUCUCAUCUGACUUUGGAUUGGUGUCGACUCAAAGAAGACGCCAUGCCCUUGCUGCAGAGCCUGCCCAAGCUGUCGCACCUCAAGCUAAAAAGCGCGUAUGAGGGCGCGGGGAUGGUGAUCUCACGUACCGGAUUUCCCGCGCUUAAAGUCCUCAUUUUGCAUUCUUUGAGCAGACUAGAGAGCAUGCUAGUGGAGGAAGGUGCAAUGCCGGAGCUCAGGCGGCUGGAGAUCAACCGGUGCUCAUCAUUGGAGAGGCUGCCGGAAGAGAUGACGAGGAACCUUGAAGAGUUGAAGAUUGUGGCGAGCAAAAAGAUUGCAAGUAUGCUACAAGGUGAAGAUUCCCAGAAGAUCUCCAGUGUUGCUUAUGUGGAAAUAAUUGGCGAUUCAGGUACAACUGAUUGGUGA